GCGCCCAAGGAAGAGGAAGUCACGGACGCAAAUCGCGGGGCUGAGAUCGUCGCUGCUGACUAUGCUAUGUCUCGGAUAGGCCUACCGGCUAUUACACUUUGGAAACUGUUGUCUGCGACAGAUCCCAACUUUGUGUUCUACGACGACAAUCAAACAAUGAUUGGCGUCGUGCGCACGGGUAAGAAUCCAACCAUGCGUCACCUCGAACGAUCUCAUGGCAUUUGCAUUGCGUGGAUGCAUGAGGUGUUCCAGGAGGGUUAUGUUGGCCUGGCGUAUGAGGUCACCGCGAAGAUGGCGGCCAACAUACACACGAAGGCGUUCAAAGAUGGCAUUUCAUGGGCGCACGCGUGCCAGCUCAUCAACAUCUUCCCCCCUGAGCAGCUUAACACG